ACGUUAAACCGUAUGACAACGGACAGAUACAUCACUAAUUGCUGACACGAUUUGCCCAUUUGUUUUGUGGGAAGUUAUUUUGAAUUGUGUGAAACACGUUUCUACUGUCACUUAUUCAGCGGACUGGAAGGGAACAACUAUUGUUUUCGUUGUUUGUUUGAAUUUUUGUGUGUGUGUUUUUUUUUCACUUUUCGAUCUGGAAAACUGGUAUUUAUUAUUUAUUUCAUACCUUAGCACAACACAGAGAAACACUAAACUAUGGCUCGAAAGUUUGUUUUUUCUUUUGUUGUUAUUUGCUCAACAGUUUUGAGUUACGUUUAUAGUGAAACAGGUAUUGUUAGUGACCUUAUAAAAGAUGCGGUAGAAACGUCUAAAGACCUUUUCGUGGAGCCGCUCGGAGAUUUGGCUGAAAACACAAAAGAUGUUGUUAAAGACAGUAUAGAGAACUCCGUAGAUACUGUAAAAGAUUAUCAGGAACAGAUUUUAGAUCCAUAUAACGAAAUCUUGGAAAUGUUUAUGGUAAAGACGGAACAAGAGUUUACUGAGAACAUAUUGGAUUCUUUUCUUGACAAGUUUACAGACAGAUUACACUGCAGCACGAGUUUAAACAAGCGGUCUUUAUCUUGCACAGCGGCAAUGUGCUUCAAUUCAAGCAAUUUAUUGAGUAUUGCCGGUGCUGGCCUUCCAUACGUAAACAAAGAUUCAUUCGAACAGAUUUCGACUAUGUUGUUAUACUACGCUACAAAUCUAAAAUAUUACUGUCAUCACGAUAUUGAAAUAGACGAUAUUGUGGAAUUCAACAAUAAAAGAGCUGAUCUCUUAAACGCAUUUAGUGGUGGUAUGUCUGGAUUUUUAAAUCUCCAAAAGAUUCAGGAAUCAUUAGAGUCCUUGGAAGACGUUUAUGAUGAUCUUGAUGACAAACCGGACGAGUCACAUGAAGACAGCCAUGAUCACGAGCACGAUGAUCUUAAUCUUACUUUGGAAGACCUUUUAGGACCGGGUUUCGAUGAAGGAAUGUUUGGAGGUGAUGCCGGCCAUCACCAUGGUGCCGAUCACGGCCACGCACAUUCUCGAAAGAAACGAGGAAGUGGGAUGGAUGAAAGCAGAGAAGGCCUUUUGGAAACCUCUAAAGAAAUUCUUGACGAACACAUGGAUGUCGGACACGAUCAUGAACAUGAAGUUAAUGAGCACGGUCAUGGAGAUGAUCACGAUAAUGAAUCAAGUGAAGAAGAUGACCACGAUCAUGAUCACGAAGAUGAUAAUGACGACGACGACGAUGAUGAUGAUACAAGACUCAUUGCGAAUAAAUGUGUGGGCGCAGACAUAGUAUAUGACCAGUUAGGCGCGGAUAUAGAAAGUCCUUUAGAAAGCGACUACAUUGAUAAAUUAUCGUCGGUGAUCGUAUACCAUAUGUUAACAGGUGCCAAAAUAUCCAAACAGUGUCGUCUGCUACCAAGACAGAUAUUCUUCGCUAGAAGUGUCUUUAAAGAGUUGAAUGCGGACAAUGAUGUUCUUAAAUACGAAGAUUUCAAGGAACUGUUGACAAAGCUGAGUAUCGGACAAGCAGUAGCAGCGGAGAUGAGUAUGGUUGAUGGCCAUGGACAUGAACAUGGGCACGCUCAUAGAAAAAAGAGGGCGGUUGACACCUCAGUAUUUUCAGAACCUUCAACAUGGAACAAUCAGUGUUACACUGCCGAACAAAUUUUGUCCGUAUAUAAAGUGCAACCUACAGGAAUCCCCCUAGCACAGUUCAAGGAAGUUUGCCCUUCUCUCAUUCAACAACAACUGUCCGCUAAUUGCAAGAAAGAUAGCAGCAUCAAACAACAAACUGUUGCUGGACAUCCAACUGAUGCUGAACGAUAUGGAUAUGGGACAUUGGCAAAUGUUCUGUGUUGUCUGUGCUCUCUAGCGGGUAUUAUUGUAUUACCAUGCAGCAGUAAAUCGGUGUACAGGAUCCUCAUUGCAAUAUUUGUAGGCCUUGCCGUCUCCACCCUGUCUGCAGAUGCUUUAUUACAUCUUCUCCCAAUGGCGUUUGGUGUCCACAAUCAUAAGGAAGAGGAUGAUCAUGGUCACGACCAUUCGUCAGGGAAAGCACAUUUUGAACCAUUCCUUGGAUACAGCCUCGCAACACUUGCCGGAAUUUAUGUUUUCUAUCUGUUUGAAAAGCUAAUGUCAAUUUAUAGCAAUUCAAAGAAAACUAAACACGACGAUCCACUUGAAAUGGCAGUUGGAACGUACGGAAACUCUUGUGGAAAACAGUAUGCUAGCGAAAAUGGAUAUGGUUCGAACGCAAAUCUUCCACAUUACGAUGGAGCAGACAGACAGGAAAAAGAAACAAGUGCUAAGCAAAUGAAAUUUACUGAGAUGCCUCCAGUAGCUAUUAUGGUAGUGAUCGGCGAUGCUGUGCAUAAUUUUGCCGAUGGGCUUGCAAUAGGUGCAGCCUUUACAGAAAGUAUAAAUUUGGGUGUUUCAACAAGCAUAGCUAUAUUCUGUCAUGAGUUUCCACAUGAACUAGGUGAUUUUGCGAUCUUACUCACUAGUGGGCUAUCCUUUACUCGUGCAUUGGUUUUCAAUUUUGUGUCCUCGCUGACGGCGAUGGUGGGAUUAUAUGUUGGUUUGGCUGUGUCAACGAACCCAGAAGUCAGGAACUGGAUAUUUGCCGUCACAGCCGGAAUGUUCCUGUAUAUAUCUCUUGUAGAUAUGCUCCCACAGUUGCUUGAGAAGGAUAAGGAGAAACCCAUUUUGAACUUUAUAUUUAACAAUGUUGGAAUCAUCAUUGGGGCUACCAUAAUGUUACUCCUUGCUGUCUUUGAAGAACAGAUAAAAAUCUAGAUCGUGAUGGGAAGGUAGACUCGUUCUACAAUGUGCAAGCCAAUAUCUGCGUAUCGCAAUAUUCAAAUCAGAUGAAAAAAAUCAAUUAGAUUUACAAAUAUUUGUUUGCUUGCAUAAUUUUCAUAUGUCCUUUUCAGUUACCAUAUCUAUUAAAUAUAUGUGACAUAUUAAUGAGGUUGUGCACAAUUUUUAUUACAAGUACUUGUAUCCUUUAACAAAUAUGUAGCAAGACCAAAAAUAAAACCACGAACUACGAUCA